UACGUGUAUCAUGCCAUGCAUGCCUUUGACCGAGAUAAUAUCGCUCUCAAGGGACUAGCCAAAUUUUUCAAGGAUUCAAGUGUGGAAGAGAGACAGCAUGCUGAGAAAUUGAUGGAAUACCAGAAUAUAAGAGGAGGUAGAGUUAAGCUGCAGUCACUGCUGAUGCCUUUGUCAGAAUAUGAUCAUAGAAAGGGCGAUGCAUUAAAUGCAAUGGAACUUGCAUUGUCUUUGAAAAAGUUGAACAAUGGGAAGCUUCUUGAUCUACACCAGUUGGCAAAUGAGAACAAUGAUGCGCAGCUCACUGAUUUUAUUGAAAGCGAGUUUCUUGCCGAUCAGGUUGAGUCCAUCAAGAAGAUCUCAGAAUAUGUGGCUCAGUUAAGAAGGGUGGGCAAAGGACAUGGUGUCUGGCACUUUGAUCAGAUGCUGCUCAAAGAAGCUGUGGCAGCUGCAUAACACAUAUCUACACUUAUAAACCUGGCCUACUUCUCCUCCGAUGCCUUUCCCUUUUAAUGAAGACAUGUCUCUUUUCUCCAUGCAUACUUCUACUCCCUGUUGGAAUUGGUUACAUUAAGCUUACCAUGGAUCCUGGUGAGCUUCUUCAUAUAGAACCAGUAGAUCAUAGAACCUAUGAUAAGAACAAGAUACAUAGUAUUCUAUUAUGAGAUGAUCGAUGAUGCGAAAUACAAA